CUGCAUCCCCUACUUCACCGGCGGCGGCUGCUCUCGUAGCUGCUGUGUUCCCUCCGCCGCGGCCGCCCAAAGGCCCAACGCGGUUCCCCUACGCUCGCGGGGUACGAGCGAGGAGAGGUGUCCCGUGUCCGCUGUCCCGGCCGAACGUGGGUAGGUGGGGCUAAAAGCGUAAUUUCGCCCGCCUUUUCGCGCGGGAAACCCGGAAGGGAGCGCCGCGCCGCACUGCUCCGCCCCGCCCCAGCCCUGCUUUCUCCCCCGCAGUGCUGCGACUGCGCAUGGCUGGGUUCCCGGCGGAGCGGAGCUGGGGGUUAGGGUUUCGCCGCUCCGUGUCCGACUCCCAUUUUCCUCCUCCCCGCCGUCGCCGUGCGGCGUCCGGCCCGGCGCUUUGAGGCCCCACCGGUCGGUCGAUCCGGGCCUGGGGCUCUCCGCCCGCGGUCGGGGCCGGUGCGGAGGUUCCGUUCUGGCACUCGUUUUUUUCUAAUGCGGUUGUUUGGCGCGUCCGCGCAGCUAGGCGGUAGGCUGUGGUGCUGUUGGGGCGGCGAUGUCAUCAGAUCGCAGAUUUGGUGAGUGAGAUCCUGCUGGGCAGCGCUUGCAUGUGCUGUGAUACCGGGGGUAAUGCUGCAGCACUUGCUUCGGGAAUCCAGAGCUCUGGCGCGUGUCCAAGUUUGGUUUGUUCAGGCAUUUUGUUUAUGUUGGGUGGGAGGGGGAAGCCAUUUGGUUAUGGGCAGAGUCGAGCUGUAAAUCAUGCUCAUUGCUUACUGCAAGAAAUGGCAUAAAGCCUCUGGUAUCACACAUUUGAUACGUUCGUCGAAAGUGAUUUGAAUCUGAGCUAUGGUCAGCUAAUUUACUGAUCAGGCAUCUCUGUGGGUUUCUAGUGGUAGGGAUGUUGUUCUUGGUUGAGUACAGUGUUGUGGGGAAUUUUGUCUGUGUUCGAGUUUGUACUAGUCUGGAAUGGCAAAAAUGGGAAUUGUGAUGGUGAGUUGGUGACAACUUAAUUACUGAAGCAUAGUUUUAGGGAGUACCUCGGACACUAUUGAGUGUAACUGUGGGAGUAUUCCUUAGGUUAGGGCGUUAGGCUUUGGUCCAAUGUAUUUGUAUUUCGUGGAUAUUGCACUGAUGGAAUGUUGAUCGAAAUUCUUGAAUGCCUGUGAAUGAUCCUCAAAUUUGUUUAUAGAAGUGUUGCUUUGUCAAAAGCACAUAAAAAUUGUAGGCCAUUUGUCACUUGGCUUUGGGAUUAGGUAAAGGAAUCACAGAAUCAUUGUUAGUUGUUAUGUUGUGGUCCAUGAAAGGUUGGGAAAAUUUAAAUAGACCAGACAUAAGUUCAGCAAGUCCAUGUCCUCCGGUAAUGGUCUUAGUCAUCUUAGGGGUGCCACUCUGUUGCGGCUUAGCAGAGCCAAGCUGUAAAUAAUGCCAAUUGUUAUUACGCUUCAAAGAAAUGGCUAGGCAGCCAUUGUUAUCAAGCUUUUGAUAUGUUUGUCAGCAGUGAACGGAUUUUCAGUGAUGGCCCCAAUGUUUCUAUUGAUUAACAGCUCCAAGGCCUGCUCAUGCUGAGCAGGUCAUUCUCGGUUUAGCACUUUGGUGCAGGGAAUGUUGUCUCUGAAUUCAGAUUUGAGCUAGAUCAGAAUGGGAAAAAAUACGUAAAUGUGGCAGACUGGAAUUACCAGACUACUUUGGGAUCAAAGCCGGACAAAUAGUAAAUGGUGAAAACUUAUUCACUUAAGAUAUUGAUUGUAUCAUUUUAACUGUUGGAAGCACUAGGACACUAUUGAGCAUAACUGUGGAAAGGACACCAUCCAGCGUAACUGUGGGGAAUAUUCCUUGUAUGUGUACAAUGUGUUUGUGGGAUAUUGCACUACCUGUACUUGUGGAUAUUGCACCACUCAACUACUCAAGUUAUAAAUGAAGUACUGAAUUUUGCAUUGUACAAGCAUGCCAUUAGGAAUAAAUUGAUCAGAAUUCUAGAUUGUGUGUUGAUCCUCAAAUUGUUUAUACGUUGCUCUGUCCAAAUGCACAUUAAAAUUGUUGUUCAUUUGCCAUCCAUCUUUGGGGAUUAGGUAAAUGAAUCAGUAUUAGUUGUCAUGUUGGGGUCCAUGAAAGAUUGGACAAAAUUAAAUAGAUUGGAGCUAUGCAUAUUCUCCUAUGGUGGUCAUAGUCAUCUUAGUUAGAGACUUGAAUUGUGCAGCACGUGGAUGGGACACUUAUGCAGUAUUGUUUUUUUCCUGGGGGAAGGGAAGGCUUAUGCUUUAUCGGCAUGUCAGCAUUGCAUUGGUUUCAAUUCAUUUCAUUUUUUGCUAACUAAAUUGAGUUAUUGUGUACAUUAUGGUGUCCAAGCAGCAUAAGUAAAAGAAAUUCCUUAGUUUGAUCACAGCACGCCUAUGCAAUCAGUGCAUUUAUGGUCCACACAAGUGUUUCCUUGAGCCAAUUAUUCUCUGGCCUGCUCAGCAUAAGUUUGUGCACUCUUUGCGGACCAUUUCAUUUAUCUGUGUUCAAAUGCAUAUCUAUACCUGGUGUUAUUUUUAUUGUUUUAGAAUAUUAGUGUAUGAUAGCAUGGUCAGUGAACCUUGUAAUACCAUACAGAUAUCCGGAAGUUUCCAGCAAUUCAUAACCAUUGGUGUUAGCACAGUGUAUUUUCAAAGAAUAUGAGCAAGACAGCUGUGAGCCUGUGAUAUGUUGUGGCUUAUGUCAUGGUAUCAACUCAUUACUCUUUUUAUUUAUUUCAGCUAUUUUGCUUGAGUUGCUAUAGUCCUUUAUGCUAACAGCUAAAAAUAUCCUCCAAAUUUCAAAUUAUUUCAGUCCCAGUUACCUAUGAUAUGAUAUAAUCAACUCACACAUACCAGCUCAACAACUUUCACCUGCUUUGCACUGACUUAUGCGUGUCCUUACUGGAGUUUUUCCAUCAUCAUAUUUCUUGCUGGUAUCUUUAUGAAUGAUGGAUUGCAUCAAUCUCCAUCUAUUUGUAUGUUUUCUUAAACAAUUGGAUUUGACUGUUAAUCUCUGUGAUGUCCAUUUCUUUGCAUAGGUCCACAUUAAAUGCAGACGUGUAAACCAACUCCACUAAUAAUGUCGGUGUCAUCAUCGUUGUUUCAUAUCAGUGGGACUCUAUAAGCUACUACUGGAUCCUGAACCCUGCUUGUUUCCUAUAUAAGAGUUGGUUGCAGAUCCUUGAGAUGGAGAGACUUGACCUCCCUCUGGGACUGGGAGGUCAUGAUACCUAUGCAAUUAUGGUUGUAUGGUUGAUUGCAUUUAGCUAUCCUGACUAUUUUUGUCCUGAAUAUCUUCAUUGGUCACUAGGCCUAAUUAUGGCUGCAAUGUAUAUAGCAAAUAUGUCACAGUGCAAAGAUUUCACUACUUCUCUUGGAACAGUCAAGGAGGAAAGGUCUGCAGAUCUCUGCACUAGUUUGUUUAUCCUUGCAUCUGAAUCAAUGGGGACGACAUUGCCAUCGGUGGAUGGAAUCAGGUUUGCUGAUGACAGGAAAAGGCAAAGCGGGCAGCAGACUGUAGGAGACCUUGCAGCAAAUAUGUGGAUCUUCCUCUACGACGCCACUGCCGCUAGCCUCCCAAACCUAGGCAUUACUAGGACCCAUCCCUUUCCGGUAUACUCCCCAACCCAUCCCCACCGCGACGACCCCUCCAAGUAAGCUCCGGGGUUGUAACCUGCACGUGCCCAUCGACUGCUCCUGCAAAUCGUUCACCUGCUAAUUGCGGAUGGACUCAUCGGUUCCUCUUCUUGGAAGAGCACUGGUGAUACCUAGCUAAGUAGCUAUUCUCUGCCCUUCUUUUUACUUGGUGCUUUCUCCUUUGUUAUUGAGAUGAUUGUGUAAUGGUCUGGUUGCAAGGUUGUGCUAUGGAAAAAGUGAACUGUACCCAAAUUGCCAACUGCUGUUCCUGAUCUGA